ACGACUCUAGUCUACGGAAGUACAGAGAAAGAAGUAAGGAAAGGAAAGGAGGAUAGAGAGAAAUACGAGAACUCUGGUAGAACGGUGAGGACGAUGGCGGGAAACAUCUACAGAUCUCGAGAAGGAAUUCUGAGAAAAUGUUUUUGAUUUUCUUUUAAACUAGGCCUAUCUCUGCAGCCAUGAUCCAUCUACAGUGGUAGGAAUUUUAAUGACGUUCCAGUCAACGUGUUCUUGACGAGAGGCAUCUCGUCAAGCCCAGCCAAGCCUUGCAAUCGAAGGAAACUAUUCCACUAUUCCACCAAUUCAACUGUAAUAUUAAAGAUGCAGUAGUAGUAGAGAGAGAGAAAGAGUUAUGAUCUUCAGAUUUCGAAAUUGUCACCAGCUUGAAACUUGGAAGAGGGGCUCUUCUCUGCUUUCUCUGCUUUCUCUGGGGUUUCAAACUUUCAAUUUCUGGUUCUGGCAUACUAUCUUGAAACAAUAGUUAUUAUCUUUUUCCUUAGUAAGUAGUUCCGUUGAUCUCUGGAGUCUCUGCUCCUACUCCCAUCAAGGCUGUGGACGUAUGCUUGGGAACAACUCACACGUAUUGUGCACUUUUAGAACGCGUUUUUUUGGUAUGAACUAUGAAGUGCGGUGGAGAUUGCUCCUCCUAUUUGGUUUUUCCACUUCCAUCCUCAUGGAAUUUUGUUGAUCAAAGCUUCAGUGAUUUCUGGCUUUCGCUUCCUUACUCUGGGCUUCAAACACAGCUUAGAACAGGAUACCUAUGGGGACAAACGGAAACAGCCAAUGUUUCUUUCCUCUAACAAGUUUACAAAUUGGGGACUUACAGUCCUAUCUUUCACAUCUUAGCCUUUUUCUUCCCCCUGAGACUAGAAAAUUCUAUAUAUUGGUGGACAACCGGCCAUGGAAAAACUUGGACUCCCGGGCUGCACACCUGUGGCAAUUGAUGGUUACCAAGUCCAGGUUGUCCCCAUUUGCAAACACUAAAGUGCGACGGAAGAGAAAGGAUUUUGCAAAGAGGCUUGAUUUGAAUAGUGGUCCCAAUUCCAAUGCGAGUAAAGUGAAGAAAUUUGAGAGAUGGUUCCAAUUGAUUGAGAAAGCUACAUCAUCCCGGAAGAAUGCUUUGCUGCCUGUGAAAAAACUGAAGAAUUCUUUGCUCUCAAGCCACAACCUGUAUCAGACCUUGUAUGGAUUUAUUGUUUUUGAGGUUGCAUGGGCUGAUGUCCGUGGUAUUAACUAUCUGAAUGAGCUUCAGACAGAUACAUCAAUGGCAUUAGAGGCUAAAUUUAUGAAGCGAUGGGAAUUUGAUAGUAUAAAACAAGCUGCAGCAUCAGUUUCUGCAUGGUUCUCUGGGACACAAUCUGAACAGAUACUCUUGCAAGAAUAUUUCAGUUCUAUCAUAGGAGAGGUGUUCUAUGAUGCUCAAGAUUCUGACUUUAAUGACAGUGGUGAGGACAUUUGUACUGAUGGUGGGCUUGCUGAAGAUGAAUGCUCCAGUGACCUUGGUGGCAAUUUUAGUGUAUACCCUGCAAAUGCUGAUUACAGAAUGAACACAUAUCACACGCCUCCACCCCCUACUGGGCCGUACAAGAGAAGAAAACUAACAAAAUGCAAUAGUACUGGAGGUGAAGUUGGUGCAUUUUCUGAGAAAACUCACUGUGAAAUUGGUAGUUCCCCCAACCACACAGGGACUUCAAUAUCUGCCAGUAGUAGUGAUAGUGAAAAUGCAGUUGAAGCUACCCAAUACAGAGAUGUCUUGAUCUUGUUCAAGUUUGAUGACCCUUACCUUCCAUUUAAAUUGAGACCCAUCAUUAUGUUUGAUCUGCGGUUACUUACUUUAUUGGAGUCUGGGCUUCCUUCUUGGGUUAUUUUUCUUCAGUCUUAUCCAGUAUUUUGCCAUCUCUAUCGUUCAUGGAUGUGUCCUCUAGCAAGAGCUCUUUAUGUGCUGGUUUCAGUUAUCACAGUGCUUAUAGGGUUUUAUGACCUGUACAAAAAUGUCCCACUUCUGAAGGCUACUGUUUCAAGUUUGUGUGGGCCCCUCGUUGACUGGAUUGAUUCUUGGGAGAUGAUUUCAAGGAUUAAGUACUUGGGGACCAUGCUAUUUCUGCAUCAUUUUGAGGAAGCUGUUAAGUGGUUUUUAAUGAUAAGUCGGGCUAUUAGAUCAUUUCUUUCAGUUCUGACACGGCCAAUGGCUGGGCCACUAGUUGAGAUUUUGGAUUUCCUUCUUCCCAUUUGGAAUAUAUGUCUCCAAGUAGUAUCAAGCUUUUGUUCGGUUUUCUGGGUUGCAAUGAUGUCUUCUUGCAGCUUAGUUGGGGAGCUACUGGAGAUCUUAUUCUUCCCACUACAGUUAAUCCUUUCUUUCACCUGGGGCAUUGGCUUCUCCAUUCUGUACCCAAUAAUUUGGGCCAUCUGGGAAAUACUUUAUAUACCUAUCCGCCUGGUUCUUUUGAUUGGAAGUUUUAUAUUUUCUGUCUACUCCUGCACAUAUGCUUUUAUGGGAGAUAUUUGGCUGUUUGUGAGUAGUAUAUUCCAGUUUGCGUCUGCUUCUGAGGCAACAGUGAGCGCAUAUGAAGUUUCCAUGUGGCGUUCACUGUGGAAUGAUCUUUUCUCCCAGGUUUUUCGUGCUAUUCGAAGCAUAGUAAAUGGCCUUGUUGCAUUCUUUGCAACCUGCAACAGGCACCGCUUAAGCAUCUAUAACCAUAUCUUGGAACUUUUCCGGCAAUUAUCUUGUCUAUCCCACAGAUCACGGUCCCGGGGCUCCAGUCAUUAUGGACAGAAAUAUGGGGCUCACCAUUCGUUGGAUGCGAGGAACAGCCAUGCCAAAAACUCCCAGAAAACAAAAGAGAAAGCACGUUCAAGAUGACCACGGAGAAACACAGAUUGAUGACAGAUAUUAGAACUGCACAUUCUGCACCCCAUUCCGUUACUGAUCCUGGAAGGACUCCAUUCAGUUUCUUUUUUCUAUUCAUUAUUUAUUCUUUCCAGUCAUCUCUUCUCAAACUUCAGUUAUGUAAAUAUUCAUAAGAAAGUAUGUAAAGCUCUCCCCGUCCCUUUUUUUUUUUAAUCAUUUCGUUUUAAUCAUGUCAGCCAUCAAAUUCUUCUGUUGAUUUUCGGUAUAUGCUGAGUCAUACAGAAAUGCAUUAUCGAGCAUGGGAAGUUCGUUUGUUACUCUA